AUAUUUUCAAAUGCAUUCUUUUGACGUUUCCAACGAGGUUGCAUUUUGAUAUUUGUUGACUUAGUUAAGGUAUUAAUUAACUUGGCAAUAAAAUACAUUUAAUACGAUUCUCUACCGUUUUAUGAGUAGGAAGCAUUACAAACAACAAAACCAUGAAGGAACUUCUCAAGAAAAGUCUCUGGAGAGGAAUUCUUCUAUAUGUCUACGUGUUCCUUGGGGGCUGUUUAUUUUACUAUAUUGAAAGAAAGCCUGAAAGAAACCAAGAAUUGUCUUCAAGGCUAUUGAGGGAGCUUCAGCGUGGAUUCGCAGUUAAGUACAACAUCUCAAUUAACGAAAGUCAUUUUCGACGCUUCGUGCAGAAAGCGUUUGAUGCCGUUCAUGUGGGAACUAAACCGGAUUGGGGUAUUUUCACUGGUAUGACUUUCACAAUAACAACUUUGACAACAAUUGGAUAUGGCCAUAUUACUCCAGAAACGUCACUCGGUCAAUUACUCACUAUACUUUACUGUCUUUUUGGGCUUCCAAUAUCACUGCUCACCUUGAAAACGUUUGGAGAGAUAGUCUCAAGGAUUGUUCACAGAAUCGUAUGCGUAAUAGAGAAAAGAGUGCUUUGCAGAGAGAGACCCACAAACAUAAAAUUGAAAAGUUUUUUCUUGACGUCAAUUCUGAUGUUUUUGACAUUAUGUGCUGGUGGACUCACACAAAAGUAUGUGGAGGGCUGGACUUUUACCGAAGGCCUGUACGCAUGGUUUGCUACACUUUCUACCAUUGGGUAUGGUGACUAUGUUCCCAUGUGGAAUUUGCUGAAGGGAAAGGGAAACUCUCUGAAUGGCCUCUGGUUUCUUCUUUACUCGCUAUCUUUGCCAAGUCUGGCGGCUCUCUCAGUAGUUUCUGGUCUACUAAAUUCACUCGUUGAAGCGCUCGCAGAGUUCCGAUUUCACCUUACGGCUUGCUACAAAAAUGUCAAGAACAAAAAGAGGACCUGUCAAGGUCGCCAAGAAGAAUUGAUCCUUAGACGAGUUUUAUUGGAGAGCUACAGAGAAGCGAAGUAUAAGGAGGGCAACAUAAGGCCACGAUCUGCUUCUGUUUAAGCUUUUCUAGUUCGUAUUUCUUACACUCUAAGCAUCAUGAUGUAUGAUUUGGGAAAUGACUGUAAAACAGUAAUUUCUUUGAAUUUCUAGAACGCCCGGUCACGGUGACUUGGAUACUCGAAUUUUCUGAUGUCACACCAUGGAAUUUUGCUUGAACGUUUUAUUAGUUUAUAUAAAUAUGAUUAUUCUUCUAGAAUAGUUGUGUUGUAGCCUUCCGGGAUGGUUUAGAAUACGUUGUAAAUGGAAAUAUAAAACUCGGUCACCUGGGGAAAAUAGCUGCUGUUGUCGGCAAAGACAGACUGUCUGGAAAGCUAGACUGAGAGAAAGCUACUCUGGUAUGGAAAAAGUGUCUCAUAUAAGAUUGGCCCACUAUUUCUAUUUAGCAAGCACGGUGACCUUUCUUCUUUCUUUUUUUGUAGUUCUCGAAACGGAGGUGCGGAAUACGUAGGGAGAGUUAAAAAAAAAUCGUUCGACACUGAGGAAUCAGUUAUAGUGAUGAAAUUAAAGUGGC